CGGCGACUCGCGUUCAUUCCUCAGGCGGGACGAGUCACGCGCGCACGACGUUGCGGUAGUCGCGAUCGAAUUGCGUUUCAUUGAGCGCGGAUCCUUCGUUUAGUGUUUGACAGUGACAAGAGACAAGAGUGUGAUACUUGGGCGAAACAUGGCUGACAGUGGUAUCAAGCGCAACAUUCCCAUCAAGCUCGGCGACUUCAGCGUCAUCGACACCGAGUUCUCCAACAUACGCGAACGCUUCGAUGCCGAGAUGAGAAAGAUGGAGGACGAGAUGUCGCGGUUCCGCAGCGAGCUGAUGAACCGCGAGAGCAACAACUUCUUCAAGAGCACCACCAGUCGGCAUCAUACGAGCACCAGCGAGCAUCACACGUCGACGACCUCGAAGAGCGAAGGUUGGGACAAGGUCGACCCUGCAGCACCGCCAAAGCGGUCCGCGUUCGACAGCUUCAAAAGCACUACCACGCAACAAAGCACUCAAAAUAGCAGUUCCCUGAGUCCUCAACACGAUCAUACUUGGCUGGAUGGCCUCAACAGUCCCCUCAUCCAGGAUGAGGGUGACAACAAGAUGCUGAAGCUGCGCUUCGAUGUGUCUCAAUACACGCCCGAGGAGAUCGUUGUCAAAACUGUGGAUAACAAACUCUUGGUCCAUGCUAAACACGAGGAGAAGACAGAGAGUAAAUCAGUAUACAGAGAGUACAAUCGGGAAUUCUUGUUGCCGAAAGGAACCAAUCCCGAGAGUAUCAAGUCUUCUUUGAGCAAGGAUGGUGUCCUUACCGUGGAGGCGCCUUUACCGGCGAUCGGAUCGGGCGAAAAAUUAAUCCCGAUCGCACAUCAGUAAACUCGCGAUGAAUCGUCGAAACUACAAUUUCUUAUCUCCUGUCUCAAACUCCUCCCGUUCCAACUACCAUUCAACUUACC